CUGGCCCAGGCCCUGCGGCGGCCCUACCGCGGCUUCCUCAACGCCACGUACCGGCGGCAGGAGAUCUUCAUCCGCAGCACCGAUUUCGACCGGACGCUGAUGAGCGCGGAGGCCAACCUGGCAGGCCUGUAUCCCCCGGACGCCCAAGAGCAGUUCAACCCAAACAUCUCCUGGCAGCCUAUCCCUGUGCACACGGUGCCUGAGGCCGGGGAGAGGCUGCUGAAGUUCCCACUGACUCCCUGCCCACGCUAUGAACAGCUACAGAAUGAAACCCGGGACUCAGCAGAAUACACAAAUAAAACCAGAGAUAAUUUGCAAUUCCUGCAGAUGGUGGCAAAUGAGACUGGGAUCCGGGAUGUCUCUCUCGAGUCUGUUUGGAGUGUGUAUGACACUCUGUUUUGUGAACAAGCACACAAGAUGAAGCUGCCCUUAUGGGUGACUGAAGAUGUCAUGGCUCGAUUGAAGCAGUUAAAAGACUUCAGUUUUGAAUUUCUGUUUGGGAUUCACCAUCGGAUAGAGAAAGCUCGUUUACAAGGAGGGGUCUUGGUGGGUCACAUUAGGAAGAACCUAACCAAAGCAGCCAACAACUCUGCCCACCAGCACCUGAAACUGCUUGCCUAUUCUGCGCAUGACACCACCCUUGUGGCACUGCAGAUGGCUCUAGAUGUCUACAACGGGUUUCAAGCACCAUACGCCUCAUGUCAUAUAUUUGAGCUGUACCAAGAGGAUGAUGGUAAUUUCUCUGUGGAGAUGUUUUUCCGGAAUGAGAGCGGGAAGGAGCCUUUCCCGCUGACACUCCCUGGCUGUCAGCAAACAUGUCCUCUGCAUCACGACACAGAACUGUUUGUGGCUCUGGCUGUGUGUGGAUCCAUUCUCUUUCUCCUUAUCAUCCUCCUGCUGACUGUCCUCUUGCGCAUCCAGUCUCAGCCCCCUGGCUACCGGCACGUUUCCAAUGAGGGAGAAGAGCAGGCAUGACAGUUGCUGCAGCUCCUUCCCCAGCAGUAGGAGGGAGCAGUGCUGCCCGUGGUGAAUGGGCACCAGUUACCGAGCUUUCUUCUGCUGUGGCCACUGCUUCCCAGAAUGAAGCCGGACUGCA